GCCUUGAAUGCACUAAAUGUUUGGAGUUUCUGUUUAUCGCCCUUUUUCUUUCCCGUUCAUUUGGGAGGCCAAACCACUAUGCAUCCUAUGCCAUGAAACAGAACACUGAAAAAAGAUAAGGAAACACAGAUAUAGCUCUAAAAUGAGCUGCUCUUUAAGCUUCCAUAUCCCCAAGGCUUUGCCUUCUCUAUCUCCUCAUCGCAGAAAAGCUCCUUUCUAUAUUUCAUCUAAAUACAAGCCAGUCCACAAUUCCAAGCUUGAUAAGAAAGUCUCAAGCAUCAGGAGAAGUCCUGAAGGCUACAAUGAUGUCAAGAAGUUCAGCUUGGCAGUUCAACUUGGUGCAUUUUUUGCCACUGUCGAGCAGUCAGCAUUAGCAGUUACUGGAGUGAAUAAUGAGGAGGAUUUGACAUGGGUUUUAAUACAAUCAGCAAUUGUUGCCUUUUGGUAUUUCCUCAUCAUGCCACCUAUUAUCAUGAAUUGGAUGAGAGUAAGAUGGUACAGGAGAAAGCUCUUUGAAAUGUACUUACAGUUCAUGUUUACCUUCAUUUUCUUUCCAGGGAUACUACUUUGGGCACCAUUUCUGAACUUCAGGAAAUUUCCAAGGGAUCCAUCCAUGAAGUACCCAUGGUCUACACCUGAAAAUCCUUCGCAAAUUAAAAAUGAUUAUGCCAAGUUCCCUUACGCUACACCUGAAGAUUAUGACUAAAAAAUGCUGAGAUUUCUUUAGGCCCUCGCCGAGCUUCUUGGUAUUAUGUACCCUGAUGUAAUCUGUUUUAUGUAAAUCUAACACUAUCUUUUCAACAACAGAUUGUUGUGGCCCA